CUUGCUCUGAUUUACAGGUCAGUAAAAUCACAAUGGACAGGCAUCUCUUCCUGGUUGUUGUGCUCUUUGCUGUGUUUGAGAUCCACUGUCAGGCGCCCACCGCGGCGGCCGGCGGUCUGGAACUGGGAGUCACCUACAGUUUCCACUACAACACCACUGUACUGCUCAGCGAACUGCGGCCGCGCGCGGCAGGCAGAGACGUCCGGGACGUGGGCUACCAGAUCCUGGCCGAGGCGCAGUGCGCCGUCAUAUGGCAGCACCCGGCCGACCACCGGCAGCAGCUGCUCAGGAUCACGGUCUCGUCUCCGCAGCUGCUGGUCCGCUCUCGGCGCGCCCCCCAGCCGGACGGGUUUGUCGCCCACAGUUCCCGUCUGGACGAUAUCCCUCCAGUGGAGGUGCUGCUGCUGACUGCAGAGGGGGCCGCCAAACAGCUGUACGCGCCGGAGGGCAGGGCGGAGGAGGAGGUCGGACUGGCCAGAGGCCUGCUCGGACUGAUCACCGUGCGGGAAGAGGGGAAGUACCGGGAGACGGACGCCUCGGGCGAGUGUGACGUCACGUACGUCUCGGAGGGUGCCCAGCGGGUGCUGAAGACCAAGGAGCGGUGUUCAGAGGCGGCGCCAAUAUACACCGCCGGCCAUCCGGUUCUGGACGUAUCCGUAACGUCGGAGCGCGUGACGCGCUACUCGCUCUCGGCCGGUCAGCUGGAGACGGUGACGUCCGAGGAGCGUCACGGCGUCACGCCGGCCGUGUCGGCCCGUGACGGAUACGGGACGACCGUGACGGCCCUGCAGACGUUGCAGCUCUCAGGCCGGACCCGCUCGGCGCCGGCCGUCUCGGCCGUGUCCGCUCAGGAAGCGCUGCGGCGUCUGACAGACUCCGCCGCCCUCGGCUGGACUCCCCGGGAGACCCGGCUGUGGUCGCGGGCGGCCCCGGCGGACGGCGCCAGGCAUUGCGACAGGGACGCUGCCUGUCCAGAGCUCUCGGAUCUCGUCUCCCGACUCCGGACCGGUCUCACCGAGCCGGUCUUAUCCACUCUUCCGGCGGCCACCGGCGCCGUGACGCUAGUACCGGCGCUGAGGGCCGCCACGGAGACGCAGGUGUUGGAGGUGCUGCGGGACAAACGGAACGCAGACAUCAGGCUGUCCCUGCUGGACCUCUGUGGCGCCGCGCACACCCUACCCGUUCACUCGGCGGUGAAGAAGGCCCUGGGGUGGCCGCCCCGGUCCGGAGACGACAUAGCGCUCUACGAGCGGUAUUUAGUGGCCUUGUCCACCGGGGGACAUCCCGACUCGCCGCUGGUUAGAGCGCUGCUGUCCGAGUCCCGUCAGAAACUGCCGUCCCCGGAGCUACACGAGACUGUCCUCCUCACGGCGGCGGCGCUGGCCUCCAGCCUCUGUACGCAGACGGGAGGGACGGCUGAACAGCUGUGCACAGAGUUCGCCGUCGAGCUGCUGACUCAGGUGGAGUCAUGUGGAGUCGGCGAUGACUCGGCCGACUGCUGUCUGCCCUCGCUGAGGGCCCUGGGGAACCUACGGACCGAGUCGUCUGCCGCACCACUACUCAAACUGGCUCUGUCCGGUGACACGUUAGCCGAGUGUCGCGCGGAGGCGCUGCGGGCCCUGUCGGCGCUGCCAGUCGAGGUCACCGGGCCGCUGAGACCCGACCUGGAGGCCCUCUUUGGUCAACCCGAGAGGUAUGACGUCACCAGUCGUCUGCUCUCUGCGGACCUCCUGCUGCGCUCCCCCCGGCCGUCUGACGCCGGGCUCCUCCUCUCCCGCCUGGAGGACCGCUCGGCCGCCGAGGAGAGCUCCUACCUGCUGCAGCGGCUGCGCGCGGCGGCCGCGCGCCACGAACCGCUGCGCCGCGCGCUGGGUCAGCUCCUCUCCGACAGCCGCCUGGCCAACUACGACAUCCUGGCGCAGGGGGCCCUGUCUGCCGCCCUGGAGCGGGAGCUCUGGUCGGCGGGAGGCGCGGCGGCCGGGUUCACUAGUCUGCUGGAGGCGGGCAGGUCCCGCGCACUGCGGCGGAGCGAGUUCACCGCCAGACUAGAGGCGGACGGACGGCGGCUGGAUAUGUUACAGUUCUCGGUCCAGGCGGCCGGCCUGUCCAGUCUGAUCGGCUCCCCCGAUCCGGAUGACGCGGCGGACGCCCGCGCGCGCCUGCAGCUGGGGCUGCUGGGGCGGCAGCUGCGGCCCCGGCGCCUGUUCGGCAGCCAGACCGAGCUGAUGGGGCUGCUGUGGAGCGGCGCCGGCAGCGAGACCACCUCCGCACUGCGCGGUACCGUGUUGCUACAGGACCACGACCAGGCCGUACCGCUGCAGAACGGUCUGACGGCUCACCUGACCGUGCUGGCGGCCACCUCAUUCGACCUGGCGGGCCGGGUGGAGGUGUCCCUGUGGAACCGCGCCGCCCAGGCGGAGAUGAACAACAGGGCUGCUGUGGUGCUCCGCGCUCUCUCCACCGUCCACACGCCGUUUGUCCGGGCCCGGAUAGAGUCCACACAGGCUCUGGAGGCCAGUAUGGCAGCUGAUACAGACAUGCAGUUCUCUGACGGACCGAAAACCUGCGCCAGGAUCGGACACCGGCCACUGGUGCUACGGGAGGUGGUCCGUAAACAGGAGCGGGUUCCGGGCAGCCGCCACCGUCUGCGGCGCGUCCGGAGACGCUCCCGCUCCUCGGGCGGGGCCACGUUCAACCUCAACCAGCGAAACGCAGACACCUGCCGCGCCAUGUUCGGGUAAUACAGAGAGACAGACGGCCACCACCGCCGCCCGUCGAGUCUUGUUAGGUUAAUGGACAGACACGACCAGCUACCGCCGGGUGGGGCCGUGUUACAGGGGACCGGGCAGUGUCGGGCCAGUGGGUACCGAGUGGAUAGUGGUCCGAGCUAAGUGACCGGGCAGUCUGCCUCUGGUACUCUCGGCGGAUCAGGACUGAAACUGAACAGUACAGUCACCGAUAUAAUAUCGGCAAUGUCGGACGGACGGCGGAUACUGAUUGCCACCCAAGGGGUCUGGUAUCAGGUGGGUGCCUAGGAUCAGCCCAUCAGUCUAUAUAUGGGACGCUGAUACGGGCUGCAAGGAAUUAGGCAGUGGGUAUUGAUCGUCUUAGGUGACCCAGCCCUUUGUUGCGUCUAUACCGUGUCUAUCAGGGGGGUAAAUGAGGCCGGCGCUGACCCAAUAGGGGAUAACCGGCCCGUGGCCUGCUCAAUGACAAUCCCAAAGUACUGCAGCGGGGGGCAUUGCUGGGCGCUCGGUAGGUCUCUGUGUAUCUGUUAUCUCCUUGGUAAUUGUUUGGUCUUAUUUGUUAUCUCUUUGGUAAUUGUUUGGUCUUAUUUGUUAUCUCCUUGGUAAUUGUUUGGUCUGUUCGUUGACCGUGUGGAAGACUGGCAGCUCCGGCUGAUUCUGAGCUCUGUCGGGGUUCGUUCGGCUCAGCCACAGGACAUUAUCCCGCACGCUUCGCUUGGGUCAUAGUAUCACACCGUUCCACAGGCGGACUCCUUCCGGGAUACUCGCUCUGAAGCGCUAGUGAAGCGCCCUCCGGUGUGUAUUUUUGUGGCCUCCGCGGCAUCAAUAUCUCGAUCACUGAGGCACAACUAGCUGACGUGGGCUCAGCGGCGCCAUCAGGGCAUUCACCGGCUCCCACUGUAUGGGGGUUCGUCUGUGCCUUUGAGGCGGGAGUGGUUUGUCUGUAUGUGCCGGGAGCGGGCGGCCUUACCUGGGUGCCAUAGGGACGGAGCCAUGGGACCAAUGAACGGACCGGGACAUGGUCUGGGACAGUUGGACCGUAUAGUGGGACAGUUGGACUGUAUACUGGGACAGUCGGACUGUAUAGUGGGACAGACAGUCGGACUGUAUAGUGGGACUGGGACAGCUGUUGGACCGCAUACUCGGGGCGUAGAGUGGGACUACGACCCUCAGACUGGGCAUUUGGGCGCCAGUUGCCCUGUGGUUGAACUAUUUUUAGACGUUAAUUUAUCGGGCGUUGUGCCUUGGGCGGAGCAGAGUCUAAUUGUGUUCUAAAGGAACCAAACUAGGGGGGAGAUGGAGUUGUCCGAUAUUUUUGGGACCUGUUGCCGGCCAUGCCCGAGGUUAUGGUGAACACCUACCUGCUUAUAUACGAUAUUGUGGUGCACUGUUACUGGUUAUACAUGAUAUUGCGGUGAAAUGUGAUUGGUUCUACAUGAUAUUUUCAUACAAUGUUACUCUUGAUAUGCGCGAUAUUUUGGUGCGGUGUUGCUCGUUACGAUCUACGAUACGAUGUUGUUGGUGUAUGGUGACACGGAUGAUCAAAUAAAUUGCGGAAUAAGUGA